CAGGGCAUGAAUUAAUAGAAGUUGCUGACCAGGAUUUCAUCCUGUUCUGUUAUGUAACUUUUUGUAAUCUUGCAAGAUCGUACACAAACAUAUUCUUCUUUUGAUGGAGUAAAAUAUGGGGAAUCUGCAUGAAAUAGUAGUGACUGUUUACUGCCCCAAAAUAAAUAAUAACAUGUAUUUUUAAAAAUGUAGUCUCCUUUGAGAUGAGCACCACAGCUGGAGACUUCAUGGAUAUAUCAGUGUAGUUUUCUUUCACAGUAGUUUUCUUUCUUCCUAGCCAGUGUUGUCUGAUUUUGAAAAGCUAAGCAAGAUUGGAUCUGGUUAGUACUUGGGUAGGAGAUAAGCAGAAAAUACCAGUACAAAAGGCUACACUGGGAAGUAAUUAAAAAAAAAAUCCCAAAAGGUAGCAAGGAUAAACCACUUCCAUAUUGUUAUCAAGAAAAUUAUAUAAACGUGUCCAUGUUGUCAUCUCAAACUGGACUUGAGAUAGCCUUUAUCUGCAGCAUGUAAUAGGUGUGAUAAUUUUUUUUAAUUUUUAUUUUUUUUACAGCCAGGAGUGAACAGUAUGGAUUCUCAAAUUGGUUUAGCCCCCCCUGGGACUCAGCCCACACCUCCAGUUGUUUGUUCAGUGCAACAGGCCACUCCAACCAAUAACUCUACUAAUGAAGAGCCUUCAAAACAGAAAUCUAUGUGGUCAGAGCAUAAGUCACCAGAUGGAAGAACAUACUAUUAUAAUACUGAGACCAAGCAGUCUACAUGGGAGAAGCCAGAUGAUCUUAAAACCCCUGCAGAGCAAUUGUUGUCAAAAUGCCCAUGGAAAGAAUAUAAAUCUGAUUCUGGAAAGCCUUAUUAUUACAACUCUCAAACAAAGGAGUCACGCUGGGCAAAACCCAAAGAACUUGAAGAUCUUGAAGCAAUGAUUAAAGCAGAAGAAAGCAGUGGUAAAUCAGAAGAAUCUGUUCCAGUUUCAUCUGCUGCGGUUGCACCAGGGGUUCCAAAUGCUGCUGCCAGUGUCCCUGAAACUCCAGUACCUGUACCAUCAGCCCCUGCUGCUCCUGCUGUUGCAUCAGCUCCAGAAACAGAACCUUCUGCUGUUGCUCCUGUUAUAGAAAAUGACAACAGAGUAACUCCUUCAACAGAUGAGCAGAUACAGCCAACAGCUCCUUCUGUUGUUCAAGAACAGAGUGCAGAAGUUGUCACAAACUCUGUGGAAGAAACUCCAAAGCAAGAAUCGUCAGACGUUGUACCCAAAAAAGAAGAAGAGGAAGCCCAGCCGGUUAAAAAAACCUAUACUUGGAAUACAAAAGAAGAGGCCAAGCAAGCAUUUAAAGAACUAUUGAAAGAAAAGCGUGUACCAUCUAAUGCCUCUUGGGAACAAGCUAUGAAAAUGAUAAUUAAUGAUCCAAGAUACAGUGCUUUGGCAAAAUUAAGUGAGAAGAAGCAAGCCUUUAAUGCUUACAAAGUCCAGACAGAGAAAGAAGAAAAAGAAGAAGCAAGAUUAAAAUAUAAAGAAGCAAAAGAGUCUUUUCAACGUUUUCUUGAAAAUCAUGAAAAAAUGACAUCAACAACCAGAUACAAAAAAGCUGAACAAAUGUUUGGAGAGAUGGAAGUCUGGAAUGCAAUUUCCGAACGUGAUCGCCUUGAAAUUUAUGAAGAUGUCCUAUUUUUUCUGUCAAAAAAAGAAAAGGAACAAGCCAAACAGCUAAGGAAGAGGAACUGGGAGGCAUUAAAAAACAUUCUGGACAAUAUGGCCAAUGUUACUUACUCUACAACUUGGUCAGAGGCUCAGCAGUAUCUGAUGGACAAUCCUACAUUUGCAGAAGAUGAGGAACUUCAGAAUAUGGAUAAGGAGGAUGCCUUGAUCUGUUUUGAAGAACACAUAAGAGCAUUGGAAAAGGAGGAAGAAGAGGAGAAACAGAAAGGCUUACUCAGAGAAAGGCGACGACAGCGAAAAAAUAGAGAAUCUUUUCAGAUAUUUUUGGAUGAGUUGCAUGAACAUGGUCAGCUGCAUUCAAUGUCAUCCUGGAUGGAGUUAUAUCCAACUAUUAGUUCUGAUAUUAGGUUUACUAACAUGCUUGGUCAGCCUGGUUCAACAGCACUUGAUCUUUUCAAGUUUUAUGUUGAAGAUUUAAAAGCCCGCUACCACGAUGAAAAAAAGAUAAUAAAAGACAUCUUAAAGGAUAAAGGAUUUGUAGUUGAAGUGACUACUCCUUUUGAAGACUUUGUAACGGUCAUCAGUUCAACUAAAAGAGCUACCACAUUAGAUGCUGGGAAUAUCAAACUGGCUUUUAAUAGCCUGUUGGAAAAAGCAGAAGCCCGUGAACGUGAGAGAGAGAAAGAAGAAGCUCGCAAAAUGAAACGAAAAGAGUCUGCUUUUAAAAGCAUGUUAAAACAAGCAACACCUCCCAUUGAAUUAGAUGCAGUUUGGGAAGAUAUUCGGGAGAGAUUUGUGAAAGAGCCAGCAUUUGAAGACAUCACUUUAGAAUCAGAGAGAAAACGAAUAUUUAAGGAUUUCAUUUAUUUACUGGAGCAUGAGUGUCAGCAUCAUCAUUCAAAGAACAAGAAGCAUUCUAAAAAAUCCAAAAAGCAUCAUAGAAAGAGGUCUCGCUCUCGUUCGGGCUCAGAAUCUGAAGAUGAUGAUAGCCAUUCAAAGAAAAAGAGGCAACGCUCAGACUCACGAUCCAUUUCUGAACGUUCUUCCAGUGCAGAAUCUGAGAGAAGCUACAAGAAGUCAAAGAAACACAAAAAGAAAAGCAAAAAGAGGAGACAUAAGUCUGAUUCUCCAGAAUCAGAUGUGGAUCGAGAAAGAGACAAAAAAGAAAGAGAAAAUGAAAAAGAAAGAAGUAGACAAAGAUCUGAAUCUAAGCAUAAAUCACCACCUAAGAAGCGACCUGGCAAAGAUUCUCACAAUCCUGCACCCAACAGCGUUCGACUACAAGAAGCAUCAGAAGAAGUAGAGCAGAUUAGGGGUAAUUGGGAUACCUCUGGUAGUGAAUUAAGUGAAGGCGAACUUGAAAAACAAAGGAGGACCCUCUUGGAACAACUGGAUGAAGAUCAAUAAGAAAUAUUUAUACCAAAUAUGUUUACAAAUGUGAUUUAAUAAAGAUAUAGAUGACUAAUUUCGGGAAACGGAUUCCAAUGUUCUGAGUUCCAAUGGCAUAAUGAUGGCUUUUCGGUUCUCUUGCAUAACUAAAUAACUGAAAUAUUUGACACUGGUAGCAGUUUGGCAAAGACGGUCAAUAUUCAGGAUUCAACCUGAAGUCCUAUUUCUUAUCAUCUAGAUAGCCUGUAUAUAUCCCCCAUGUACCUUUUCAUUCUUCAGACAGCACAUUAGGAUGAGCAGAAAAACCUUCUUUUUUAAAAAAACUCUUUAAACAGUGGCUUGAAAAAGUAUUCAAGCCUUUCAGGCCUCUCAUCUCUAAAAUGGCUCGUGCUAGAAAGUCAUUAACUUCUUUUCCUUGUCAAAUAAGGUCUAAGGGCAGGGAGCAGGUGCACAUGUUCCUUCUGGAAAGAAGCUCUAUAAUUUUCUUGUGGUUCCACUUGUGUUGAGUUGUUACUACUUUUCAAACAGGAAAGGAAGAGGGAAGAUGGUUUUGUUUUUUGUUUUGAGUUAUGGUAAUCCAGGAACCAGUGUUAGGUUUUUGAGCAUUACCCUUCUGGCCAAAUUGAUGAUGAUGAUUUCUAUUGAACAUUGACUGUAGGUUGAAAUGUAUACAAGAGUUAUACUCAGAGCUUAAUUUUUAGUGUUAAGUUUUAAAACUGUGAAAACUAGAUGAUUGAUGGAAAUCCUAUUAGGCCCUUAAUUAUAAAUGUGGUAAAAUAUACUUAUGAAAUAUCAUAGCUUUCACUUUUAAUAGAGGAAAAAAUCUGGAAUAUUAAAAAAUAAAAUUGGCAGAGGGCAUUGUUUCAGCAAAUCACAAAACCAGACUAAAUUAAUUGCAAUAUGUUGCCUUAAGGACUUUCCGAAGAAUGUACCACCAAAUUUUGAAAAGCACUUGCAAUACUCUUGUUUAGAAAAUCAAUGUUGAUGUAAUAUUUUUCUUUUGAGAUGUGUUGACCUGAUGUUUAAAACCUGUUUUCCUUUCAUUCUGUUCUCUUCCUUUGUACUAAAUAACUUCUAUCUAAUGUUGAUUUGAUGAAGUACUAUCUGCCUAUUCAUUCAGGAGUAUUGACUACUGUGGUACAGACUAAAAUCUUUCUGAUUUGAAUAUUUUUGUACAUUUUUAUCACUUAUUAAACCUUGUCUUCUAGUGUG